AGCAGUGCGUGACGUCACGGCGCGAGCAUGCGCUUUGUAAACAUAACAAAAACUUCCGAAGAGCGUUGUGUUCGUGUGUAAAGUGUUUCAAGCACAGCUGAGUGACCGUGUCCCAAACCACAUCACUUUCACUAUGUAGUGCACUCGUGAGUGCCAUUCCCUUCUUCUAAUCACGGAAAUUCCUGAAGGUGUUAAAUCUGUCCAUCUAUUUUUUUUUUACGCCACUAAAUGCAGGAUGUGAGAUGAAGGAGAAAUAAGAAACCACGAAACCUCAGAAGCUUCUUGUACAAAGUAUUGGCUCUUCAACGUUCCUGUCAUGAUGAGCACUUCCAAGCCGGACAUCCUGUGGUCCCCGCAUCAUGCCGACCGCUUUGUUAUCUGCGACUCUGAGCUGAGCCUGUACCGAAUCAGCGCUGUUGGCACCUCAGAGGCAAAAGCUGGUGCCCUGCCGUUAUCGGAAGAAACGGCAGCGACACUGCUGGCCAUUAACUCCGACACGCCGUAUAUGAAAUGCGUAGCCUGGUACCCGAAGCAUGAGCCGGAGUGUUUGCUUGCCGUGGGUCAGGCUAACGGUCGAGUGGUGCUCACCAGCCUUGGACAGAGCCACAACUCCAAGUGCAAGGAUCUGAUGGGGAAGGAAUUCGUGCCAAAGCAUGCACGGCAGUGUAAUACGUUGGCGUGGAACCCAGUGGACAGCAACUGGCUUGCCGCAGGACUGGAUAAGCAUCGAGCGGAUUUCUCCGUUCUGAUUUGGGACAUCAGUACUAAAUAUUCUCCCGAAGCCAUACCGGCUGAAAAGAUCCGUCUUUCUGGAGAUGUCGAUUCUGGCAUGGUGGUGACAAAACCGCUGUAUGAGCUCGGACAGAAUGAUGCGUGUUUGUCUCUUUGUUGGCUUCCUCGUGACCACCCGAAGCUUUUGCUUGCCGGAAUGCAUCGCAACUUGGCCAUUUUCGAUUUGCGCAACACCAGCCAGAAGACCUUUGUUAACACCAAAGCAGUACAAGGCGUUGCGGUGGACCCGCACUUCCCUGAGCGUGUGGCGUCCUUCUUCGAGGGCCAAGUGGCCAUCUGGGACCUGCGGCGCUUUGAGAAGCCAGCGUUUACGCUCCCUGAGCAAGCCAAACCGCUAACCAAAGUAGCAUGGUGUCCAACACGCACUGGUCUUCUGGCUACUCUGACACGUGACGCCAACGUUGUGCGCCUCUAUGACAUGCAGCACACGCCCACAGGGCCCGUCGGGUCAGACGAAAGCGAGCCCACGGUGAUCGAACGUGGUGUGCAACCGGGCAGUGGCGCAGACGGUGUCAUUAGUAGCUUCGCCUGGCAUCCGUCUGCCCAAAACCGCAUGGUGGUGGUAGCACCCAAUCGCGCCAUGAGCGAUUUUACAGUGUUCGAGCGCAUCUCGCUGGCCUGGAGCUCCACCACGGACCUUGUCUGGGCGUGCGGACGCCACCUGUACGAGUGCGCUGAAGAUGUCCGAGACGACGGCACUGCCGAGAAAGACAUCGCCACUAAAAUGAAGGAGCGUGCUCAAUCACGCUACGGCCAUGACACCGUCCAAGUUUGGAGGAACCACCUGCUGGCUGGUGGCACCGACCCACAGAUCAGGUCCCUCUGGUACACUUUGCAUUUCAUGCAGCAGUACACUGAGGACAUGGAGCAGAGACAGCAAGGAAGUAAACAGUCUCUGAUCUAUUCAGGCAUUAAGAACAUUGUCAAAUCCUGCUCUGGCACGACAGAGUUGCGGCGCUGCUGGAAGGGCUCCGAGAGGCCGACGGAUGUGGCGCAGUACCACAGCGAGGAGCGCACUCUGGCUCUGCAGCUGUGCGGCUGGAUCAGUCGCGGGCCAGACGUUGACAUCGAGCCGUUUCUCCGGUCUCUGGAGCAGGAGGGAGAGUGGGAGCGGGCCGCAUCAGUGGCUCUCUUCAACCUCGACAUCCGCCGGGCCAUCCAGAUCCUCCAGAAAGGAGCCUCGGCAGAGAAAGCCGACCUGAACUUGAACGUGGUGGCCAUGGCUCUGUCGGGAUACACAGACGAGAGAGCGUCUCUGUGGAGGGAGAUGUGUAGCACACUGAGACUGCAGCUGAUCAAGCCCUACCUGUGUGCCAUGUUCGCGUUCCUCACCAGUGAGCCAGGGGCGUACGACGCAGUGCUGUACGAGAGUCGCGUGGCUGUGAGAGACAGAGUGGCCUUCGCCUGUAUGUUCCUCAGUGAUAGCCAGUUGUCCCGGUACAUUGAUAAGCUGACCAAUGAGAUGAAGGAGGCGGGGAAUCUGGAGGGCAUUCUGCUGACAGGGCUGACAAAGGACGGCGUGGAUCUGAUGGAGAGCUACGUGGAUCGCACAGGAGACGUGCAGACUGCCAGUUUCUGCAUGCUCAGGGGCUCGAGUGCUGAAGUAGUGAAGGACACGCGUGUACAGUGCUGGAUCGAGAACUACCGCAACCUGCUGGACGCCUGGAGGUUCUGGCACAAACGAGCUGAAUUUGACAUCCACAGGAGCAAACUCGACCCCAGCUCUAAACCUCUCGCUCAGGUGUUUGUAAGCUGUAACUUCUGUGGGAAGUCCAUAUCAUUCAGCUGCUCCUCGAUGCCCCACCAGGGUCGCGGAUUCAGCCAGUACGGGGUCAGCGGCUCGCCCACCAAGUCAAAGGUCACCAGCUGUCCGGGUUGCCGAAAACCGCUGCCACGCUGCGCGCUGUGCCUCAUGAACAUGGGAACGCCGGUGUCCUCCUGCACAGGUACGGGCAAGUCGGACGAGAAAGGCGACAUGCCGAGAGAUAAGAAGCUCGCUCAGUUCAACAACUGGUUCACUUGGUGCCACAACUGUCGCCACGGAGGCCACGCUGGUCACAUGCUCAGCUGGUUCAGAGACCACAGCGAGUGUCCGGUUUCAGCGUGCACGUGUAAAUGCAUGCAGCUCGACACGACGGGGAACCUGGUGCCCUCGGAUAAGGUGUAGCCCUGCAGUGGUCCUUCGACUCGAGUAAGCGCAUCCACACCAGGGUUCAGUUCCUAUACACAGCGGAUGCCCACGUCUACCUCCUCACGUCACGAUGACUAAAAACACUGCCUAUGUGAACACACUCUACGAUACCAAACCCACUGGGGGGGAAGAAAUCAUGUCCUUUUUGUGACUUUAAGCAGGUUUCUGUGUUCCUGCUUCUACAGAUUGUCUGUAACAGGUGUUUUUUUUUUUCUCCUGUUUAUAAAGUCCAGUUUUGAGCAAGAGUUCAGCUCCGUUCAGUGUCUUUUGUCACCUUGUUUGCGCUCAUCCUUGUAUUGAAACAUGGUUAAAGGGGAACUGAAGGCAGAUUUUUUUUAUCAUUAAAAUUCUGUUGCUCAUUUUAUUAAAUACAGGAAUGCAUUUUUGAUAGCUAUGUAAUAUAUCAGUCCAUAUUAGGGCUGUAACAAUAUGCGUAUCGAAAUCGCGAUACGCAGAGCCACGAUCCGUGUCGCGAUACAAGAAGGCAGAAUCGCGGUACACCCUUUCAAACUUCUCCUCAGCCCAAAAACAGAGGCACUUCCAAACUUAAUUUAUGAAUACUUUACUUUUUAUUUAAAUUACAUUUUAAACUUAUUUAAAUUACUUUUAUUUUUUUAUAUCUAUUAGUAAGUCGUUUUUUCGCCGACCUGCGACAAUCUUCUGCGAGUCACGCAAUGUCCACACUCGCCACUGGCAGAGCAUUCAUUUCUUUUAAGCGGUCGCCAUUCUGGUUGCGACGCGGGGAGCGAAUCUGUAAACAAGCAGCUCAUUGGCUGGCUAGGUGUGCCACAAGCCAAUCACAAUCACUUGACCGGAAAGGCAUGCAGUGUUGCCAGAUUGGGUGGGUUUAGGUGCUUUUUGGCUGGUUUUGAACAUAUUUUGGGGUGGAAAACGUUAGCAAUAUCUGGCAACACUGAAGGCAUGUCUGCUUGGGCGGAAGCCUUCUGCGGCAGUUACAUUUUGACACGCGAGCAAUGUUUCACCAUAAAAAUUCCGUAAUUUCCAUCUGUUUUCCGCGAUCACAGAAAAUCAUUGGCCCUAUGAGAGUGAGACACUGAGAGAGCCACCCCCCCAAAAAAAAAUCUUAACGGAUUUACACGAUUUGGAAAAAUGACUUUUUCAGAACCGAAAAAAACAGAGCUUCCGGCUCAACAGUAUUAUUUUGAGAAAUAAAACAAUCUUUGGAUAUACAUUUGUUCAUUUUUGCAUACAUAUUACUCAUUCUCUGCAGUGGUCUGAAUUAUCUGUUAUUAAAUAGUUAAUGUAAGUAAGUAAAUGUUAAUAAGUCAAAUUUACUACUUUAAAAAAAAAUCGUGGGUGUAUCGAAUCGUGGGUCAAAAAUCGCGAUACGAAUCAAAUCGUGAGUUGGGUGUAUCAUUACAGCCCUAGUCCAUAUGUCAAAGCAAUGGCCGUAAACGAGAUUCAUCGGGACAUCGUAGGACAGAAGUAAAACAUACAGCGGAAAUCAAAGUGACCAACAUCCGCCAACGUUGUCAAAAGACGCACGCGCCCUCUUUCGAAUGCUGAUGCGAUCAAGCCGGACGUUUUCCCUGUGUCCGAAAUCACUAUAUAGUGCACUGAAAGUAGUGUACAGCCGUUGGUCACUAACCAAAGCGAUAUAUCCCAUCAUGCUUUGCAGUUGUACUGAAAGACGCAGGUACUUUGUAUUGAUUAAUGUGGGAAAUGCACUCAGUAUUUAUAAUUUUGAAAACCCACAUUUUAAUUGUGCGACAGCAAUGUUGUAAAUACCAGCGCGACGGACUAAUCACUGAUGAAGUCAAGUUUAUUUGUAUAGCGCUUUUAACAAUAAACAUUACCGCAAAGCACCUUUACAGAAUUUGAACGACUUAAAACACGAGCUAAUUUUAUCCCUAACCUAUCCCCAGUGAGCAAGCCUGUGGCAAGGAAAAACUGCCUCAGGCGACAUGAGGAAGAAACCUCGAGAGGAACCAGACUCAAACGGGAACCCAUCCUCAUUUGGGCAACAACAGACAACAUGACUAUAACAUUCACAGUCCUAACAUAAAGUCAGCUUUGCGAUGAAGCUGGCAAAUCUCGAAAUUGGAAUGAUAUGGCAGUGCGGACACUUCACAUUUGAAGUCUCGCGGAUAAGUGACGCCUGCUGUGGACCAAGCAUUCAACAUGGCUAGAAAUUGAAAACACGUUUGAAAAUGACUUCAGCUCCCCUUUAAAUAUCAGUGUUGUUCUUGAAUAAUAAGUAUUAACAACGGUGAAACUGUCUAAAUCAAUCAACACACUCCAGAGCUGUGGUGCCAAGGACUCUGGAUUUCCACCUGCAGGUGGAGCAGGAGCUAUGACGACGUCUCAUGUAUACAUUACAGCACAGUGAAAGCCAUGAUACAGUGCCCACGGGGCUUGAACCCCCAGACCAGUCAUGUUAAAGUGCGUAUUCUGGACCAAUUUCGUGUUUUUUUUUUUAUAUGAAAGUACGUCCUUUUACACACUCAUCCAGAAGGGUAAUUUUGCACAAGGCCAUCUGUCUACAGCAGAAAAAAAUGAAAUAAAACGCGUCUGGAAAAAUCCCAAGGGAGUCUGGAGCCAGAUUCGUGACGUCACCUGCGGAAGCGCCAGCAGACUGCGAGAGCUUGCACGGUUCCAAGUUUAGCAGCUAGCGAUUUUGCAUUGAAAUAUGGAAUUGUCACCUGAGCUUCUAAACCCGUGGAUUCAUUUAUCAGUGCUCAUCUAUCUAUUGUUACAUAAAUCAUAUUUUUUCUAAUUACUAUGUAUUUAUAUAUUUCUUCAUUUAGAAGAGUACUGGCUACUGUAGGAGAAAGAUUUCAUGAGCUACACACAUGGAAUCGGCUAAGCAGGGCUGUAGAUACAUUUAAUGUGUUUGACAGGUCCCAAGAUCUCAAGCCCUGACCCGUAUAUCCCUUGAUACAUGUGAAGUAAGUGUAUUAUCGCCCAGCGCUUUCGUGUUGUUUACUUUUGUGUGGCAAUAAAUAAUGUUAUCCGUGUACCACACGGACACAGGAA